AUUGAAAACAGAUGCAGGCAGUCUCUGCAAGAGGGAGAGAGAGAGAGAGAGAGAGAGAGAGCUUUUUCAGCAGAGCUGCACACCCUGAAAGCAAGACGUAUGUCUGCCUCUCCCUAUCAAACUGGGGCAAAGCAAUCUCAUUUGUGAGAGUUACAGGAGACUUGCAUUCAACUGAGACACGUCCAUCUGUUUGUGACCUAUUUGUAUUUGUAUUUUUUUUUGCUUUUGAAGGAAGCAUGUAUGGUUAGUUUGGUGGAAAAUGUAGCUUUGUUGCUUUUGUGCUCACACCUUUGUCCGUUUUGUGCUCACACCUUUGUCCGCAUUCUGAGAACUUUGGUGAUUCUUCACACUGUUGAGAUUUCCAGACGGUCCCUGCAGUGAACAGGAAGACACUAAACCGACUUGCGACUUGCAGAGCUCACUUUUGCAGCCCUGCAGACCAGAUUUUGAGGUACUUCAUGCAAGAGGAUAAUCCUUUAUCAAUCAACUCUGCACAAUGAGGAGCUACAGAGACAAGGUGUUUGGGCUCUUCUUUGCAGUGUUAUUGCAGUUCUGCCCAGGUGGAUGGCCCCUUGAGAUCUCCCCCAGUAAUGCGGAGGUGAUCCUGGCUGCUAACUCGUCCCUGGAGGUGGUGUGCUCCGGCUGGACCGAGGUGACGUGGAGGAUGCCGUACGACUUCACCCUAGAGCUGGAUGGCGUGGAGGUGGAGGACCAGGGCACGUCCAGCGUGCUGCGGCUGACCAACGUCACGUGGAUGCACACAGGGCUGUAUGUGUGUGAGGAGCAGGCCGCACACGAGGCCAAGGAGGUCUCUGUGUUUGUGCCAGACCCUGAGGUAUGGUUCGGUUCCAUGGCGUCAUCGCUGGUGAUGAAGGAGGGCGAGGAGGGCACCAUUCCCUGCGUGGUCACGGACCCUCGCAUCAGCGUCACCCUGUACGAGAAGACCAGCCAGACGGUGGUCCAGGGGCGCUACCGGCCUAGCGAGGGCUUCACCGCCGCCCUCAACGACUCCUCCUACAUCUGCAGAGGGCAUCUGGACGGCCAGGAGAAGGAGUCCCGCGUCUUCUACGUCUUCAGCAUCGUAGUUCCACAGAGCAUGGAGGCCUACAUAACGGCUUCUAAGACUGUGGUAAAAGAAGGCGAGGCACUCAUGGUGAACUGCACAGUGAAAGGAGCAGAGAUCGUGUUCUUUGUGUGGGACUAUCCGCGAGAGGAGAAAACACUUGAGCCACUGACGGAUUUCCUGCCCAGUCGAGACAGUCUACGUUCCUGCCUGACCAUCCCCAACGUCACUCUUCAGGACUCGGGCAACUACGUGUGCCGUGUCCAGGACACCAUGGAGGGUCACACAGGAACGGACAACAUUACCAUCACAGUAUUACACAGAGGCUAUGUUCGACUGGAUGUAGAUCUUGAGGUAAACAUCUCAGCCCAGCUCAAUGAGAAUGUGGAACUCUACGUGCCCAUUGAGGCGUACCCAGAUCCUCAAGUGAUCUGGACCAAAGACAACGAGACUCUCACACUCUCAGACUCUGUGACAGUCGACACAAGGAAAGUGCAUGGCACCAGUUAUGUGAGUGUUCUGACUCUAGUGAGAGUCCGAAUGGAGCAGAAUGGCCUCUACAAAGUCAGUGUCACAAAUGAGGAUGAUUCCAAGGAGGUAACCUUUGAAGUGCAGGUCAAAGCACCGCCCCAGAUCAAGGAGCUGUCAGACAUCAACAUGGACAAAGGGCACGGGGUGCUAUGCUCCGCCGAGGGGGUCCCCACGCCCACCAUCCACUGGUACAGCUGUCACAGCUCACAGAGGUGCAGCAAUAAAACAACCCCUUGGCAGGUUCUUAUCCAUGACCCUGAAAACGUCGACAUCCAGACGAACGUCACCGAGGUGACCGGCCGUGGCAAGAGCCGUGUGCGCAGCGUGGUGACAUUCCAGCGCUUGGGCGACAUCAUGUCAGUGCGGUGUGAGGCUCGAAACGACCGAGGCCGCAGAGCCUGGGACAUCAAACUAGUGUCUAACUCUCUUUCCUCUCAAGUAGCUGUGAUGGCUGCAGUUCUGGCCUUGGUGGUCAUUGCAGUCAUUUUCCUUAUCAUCUUAAUUGCUGUUUGGAGGAAGAAACCUCGCUAUGAGAUCCGAUGGAAGGUGAUUGAGUCUGUGAGUUCCGAUGGCCAUGAGUACAAAUACAUGGACCCUAUGGCUCUACCUUAUGAUUCCGUUUGGGAAAUACCCCGUGACAGCCUUGUGCUGGGUCACACUCUGGGGUCCGGGGCCUUCGGCAGGGUUGUUGAGGCCACUGCGUACGGCCUGGGCCACUCCCAGUCCAGCACUAAAGUGGCCGUGAAGAUGCUGAAGUCUACAGCAAGGAGAAGUGAGACUCAGGCUCUGAUUUCUGAACUCAAGAUUAUGAGUCACUUGGGGCCCCAUGUAAAUAUUGUCAAUCUGCUGGGUGCAUGCACAAAGCGAGGUCCUAUCUACCUCAUAACUGAGUACUGUCGCUAUGGUGACCUGGUGGACUACCUUCACCGUAACAAGCACACCUUCCUACAGUACUACACCGACAAGAACCGCAGGGACACCGAAAUGUGCCGAGAGAAUGCAGAUAGUGCCGGCAACACUCAGGGCAAAAGUGAGUCUGAUGGGGGCUACAUGGACAUGACCAAGGAGGACUCACUGGAAUAUGUGCCUAUGCAAGAACUAAGUGAUAAUAUCAAAUAUGCAGACAUUGAACCGUCAGUUUAUGAAACACCCUACCAACAAGACAACUACCAGGGGCAAGGCCAAGAGAGGUCCCUGGCGAUCAGUGAUUCACCCAUUCUGACUUACAUGGACCUGGUGGGCUUUGGCUUCCAAGUGGUCAAAGGAAUGGAAUUCCUGGCAUCCAAAAAUUGUGUUCACCGUGACCUUGCUGCCAGAAACGUGUUGAUCUGUGAAGGGAAGCUUGUGAAGAUCUGUGACUUUGGGCUAGCGAGAGACGUCAUGAAUGAUUCCAACUACGUCUCUAAAGGCAAUACGUUCCUGCCCCUGAAGUGGAUGGCUCCGGAGAGCAUAUUCCAGAACUUGUACACUGGGAUGAGUGACGUUUGGUCUUUUGGCAUCCUGCUGUGGGAAAUCUUCACACUAGGAGGAACACCUUACCCUGACAUCCCGAUGAAUGAGCAAUUCUACAACGCCUUAAAGAGGGGCUACAGAAUGACCCGACCCACGCAUGCUACUGAUGAAAUAUAUGAGAUUAUGUGCAAGUGCUGGAAUGAGAAGUUUGAGAAAAGACCCCCAUUCUCUCUUCUUGGACACUCUUUGGGAAACAUGGUAGCGGACAGUUACAAAAAGAGGUACUAUCAGGUGAACGAAAACUUUUUGAAGAGUGACCACCCUGCUGUGCUGCGCAGCAAACCGGCACAGCCUGUGGCGAACUCUGCAGAUGGGGGCGCUCCAAGGCUUGAACCGCACGGGGAGGAGGAGACGGGCCAGGCGGGCACUAAAGUCUUCAGCGAGUACAUUGUCCCCAUCCCCGACAUCAACAGUGAAGGAGCCUGUGAGCUAGAGGAUACCGCCACGCAGAGCACCUCAAGCCCCCAGACUCCUGAGGACAACACCAGCACCGCGUCCGUGAGUUUGCCUGAGGCCAUUGUUGUGGAAGUGUGCCUUGCCCCAGAGGAGCCAGCUGUCCAUGAUAAUGCAAUCCCUUCAGAGGAAGAGGAACAAGUUCCCUCACCCGUACAAAAACCUCAAAAUGAAGAACCAAUUGGGGAACCUUGUCCUCCCAACGCUGCAGAGGAACCCUGGAUUCCCAACGUGGCAGAGGAACCCUGGAUUCCCAACGUGGCAGAGGAACCAUGUAUUCCCAACACAGAGGAUGGAAUGAGUGUAGGACAAGAAGGGCAACAGGAGGAAGCCUCGGACACACCUGAAAUUGAAGAAAGUUUUCUGUAACGUCAUGGAAACAAUUGUGCCGAUUCAGUGAAAAGUUGUGUAUGAUAAAUAAGGCAAAUACAUUUUUGACAAGGAAAAUGGCAAGGUGCUUCAUAAUGUGGGUCUCUGCCCAUGAUCUGUUCUUGUAUGUGCUAUGUGUCCCACAUUCAACCUAUAGCAUACAAAAUCAAACAAGCAAAAACAUAUCUAACCUGAUAUAAUUGCACUCAUAUACGGGCAUGAUAUUUUUUCAGGUUUAUAAUAUGCUUUUUUAUAUACACUCUUAUGAAUGAACAUCUGCAGUCACCAGAUGAGAUACAGAUACUUGGUUUCCUUUCAGGUUUUCUGCAACAUUAUGAGAUCCACAUUGGUCUUACAGUUGCAGCUGGAAAAUACCUUUACACAGAGUACUACUGCUUGACAAUGUUAGAGUUUUUACCCAGAAACCAAGUGGCCCUGGAGGCACUUGGAUUUAGCCUGUUAUCUUUGCAUAAGUGAUGCUGCAUAGUAUAGUCAUAUUUAGUGGACUCAGCAUUUUUGCCGUUUUAGGAAAAAAAAACGUAUCAUGUCUUAUUCUGACCAACAGCAGCUGAUGCAGUGCCUUAGUUCUACAGUGUUUUGUCAGUUUUUCAGAGUUAUUUGUAAAUGUGCACUUUAGAAAUUUGAGUUGUAUUAGCGUUUGGUACCUCAUAAAUGUAGAGGAAAUACCUGCAUUGGAUGGAUGUUUACUUACUACUUGCGGUUUGUGAGUAAUUGUGAAGUGUGCUGUGUAGGAAGGCACAAAGACUUUAAGUAGUAUCUUGCUCAAGUAUCUUAAGUAAGGUAUUACACUGGUCCAAAUGUAAUGGCUAACAGAAGGGAUUUUUCAGUGCUCUGCUUUAUGCAAAUGCAAAAUAUUGUUAUAUGUUCAACUUAUAUACAUUGGAUUUCAAUUAUCCUUUUUAUCAAAUUUGACAUGGUACUACAUGGGUUUCACCAGCAUAAUCCUCCUGCUUGGAGACAUACUAAAUCUAUAGAGUUAAGUCUUACCAAUCAGUUACCAAUUAGUCAUAUAUAUAUAGAAUGUAACUUCCGUAAUAUGUAGUCACCUGUUAAAAACUUUUAUACACCUGUAUAGAUGUAUAUUACUGUAUAUUUUUAUUCCAAAAUACAACAACAGCAUAAUGAGUGAACAAUAAAGAUAUCCACUCAGGAAAAAAGGAAUAAAUGAAUUUGUACUUUUU